AGGUAUCGUGUGCAAACCCGGGGGCCCCCUCGAUCCGUACAACAUAUGCUAUUUUUAUUGACGAUCCUCGAUCAGUAGGGUGCAUGGUCCAGACAGUCUGACCAGGAGUUUAGAAAGGACAGUGUCCAGGAUGGCUCAACCGGAGAUGAUGACCAUUCGCAUAGUUCGGCCCGACACGAGUGUGUCCUGGGGCUUUCGGCUUCAGGGUGGGAGCGACUUCAGCACGCCACUUUCCCUACAGUCGGUAACGCCCGGCGGUGUGGCGGAGAGGAGCGGUCUGCGAGCAGGUGAUGGUGUCAUCUUCAUCAACGAUGUCAACACAGACACCCUCACUCACGAUGACGCCAAAUCUCAAAUCAUCCGAUCUGGGAAUGAUAUUUACAUGACAGUUCAAAGAGGGGCUGUGUCUGUUUGGGCUCCGAAAGUGACACCCAUGUCUCAACUGCGUCCCCAGGAAUUAAGGACCAUCAAGACAUCAACAGGGGAUGAAGUGCAGACUGUCCAAAAGACAUCCCUGGCUCGGUCACACCAGCCUGACCCUCUACACAUAGGAAGUGGUUAUAACAGGACACCCCGCUCCUUUACUCAGGCUCCCCAGUCACCAAAAAAACCUGUUCCCAACGUUGUUCAUUGUCAGUUUAACACUCCAAUCGGCCUGUACUCUGCUGAUAACCUGGCAAACACAUACAAGAUGCAGACGGCUGGCAUAGAGAAAGAAAUGGAAAACCUGGAUGUAGAGGAUGCACCUGUUGGAACUCGUAUGACUGGAACCUACCACAGACUGGACUCGCAAGGUGAUGAGAGUAGCACAAAGGAAGGGCAUGAUUUGGAGGAUGUGACCUCGCCUGACCUCCCACCUGUCACCUCACCUGACCUGCCUGACCACCUACCUUCUGACCACCCUACUAAUACUGAUCAGAACGACAACCAGCCAAGUGGAUUCAAGUCGGUCCGAGCUCCUGAUCCGCAGACGGUCAGUCAGCAGCGCCCACAGCAGCAGAGCAUGCAUUGUGGGGAAUGUGGGAACAUGGUGAUGGGAGUGUUUGUGAAGGUGCGAGGUGUACCCUAUCAUGCACAGUGUUUUAAGUGUGUGAGGUGUGGAAUUAAUCUCAAACAGAAAGGUUACUUUGUGAUCGAGGACAAGCUCUACUGUGAAAUCCAUGCCAAGCAGGUCGCCCAGCCACCAGACCCCAACAUGAAGGCUGUCCCUGUUUAUAGGUAACCGUCAAACCUCCAAAGAAUUUGUGUGACGUCAUCCCGAGGGCUGUGGCAGAUUAGGAAUUGUUGUACCUGUGCCUACCCAUUUGAAACUGUAGACCUGAAACAUUGGUCAUCUGGACAGUGGUAGCCUACUAGACAGUGUGACUGCUGUAGGAGUAUCAGAAUUCCACCCAGUAUCCCAGCAUUUCCGUUGUCCCCUCGCUGACCCCGUGUGUUCCCCUCCCCCUACCUGAUGCUAUGACUUGGCAUACAACUUUGAGAAAUUAGCUGGGGACAAACUUAAGAACCAGAAUCCAACAUUGAACUAGGAACAUCUCCCAUUGAUGCAACCUCCUUGCUAGCCAGGUUGAUGUUAAUAACCUGACUGACGAAGACUGUACAACACUAUGAGGCGUGAUAAGGUUCCAGGUGAUAAUGUCUACUGUUCCUAGUCAGUGUCUAGUAUUUAAUGUUGUGCUCGUGUAGAUUACUUAUUUUUGAAUUGUUGAUAUUAUAUAUCAUUUUAUUUUGAAGAAAUUGAUAUUUUAUUACUAUUAUUAUUAUUAUAUAUAUAUAUAUAUAUAAAUUGUACAAGUUGAAUACAAUGUAUUAUUAAUAUUUUUAUAACAAAAACAUAGAAAUAAUGGCUAUUACAGGGCUUAACAGGCAAGGAUGAAGGGGCUUUAAUGGAACGGGAUCCAACUGACCAGCAUAGUUUAGUGGAUAUUACAGGGUUCUACAGAUCAGGGUAAUUGAUAUUACGUAAUUAACAUUACAGGGCUCUACAGAUCAGGUUAAUUGAUAUCCGGUAAUAUUACAGGGCUCUGCAUAUCGGGGUAAUUCAAAGGAUAUUACAGUACGACAGGGUAAUUUAUAACUGAUAUGAUAUUACUGGGCUCUAUAGAUCAGGGUAAUUUAUAACUGAUAUGAUAUGACAGGGCUCUAUAGAUCAGGGUAAUUUAUAACUGAUAUGAUAUGACAGGGCUCUACAGAUCAGGGUAAUUUUUAACUGAUAUGAUAAUACUGGGCUCUAUAGAUCGGGGUAAUUUAUAACUAAUAUGAUAUUACUGGGCUCUAUAGAUCAGGGUAAUUUAUAACUGAUAUGAUAAUACUGGGCUCUAUAGAUCAGGGUAAUUUAUAACUGAUAUGAUAAUACUGGGCUCUAUAGAUCAGGGUAAUUUAUAACCAAUAUGAUAUUACUGGGCUCUAUAGAUCAGGGUAAUUUAUAACUGAUAUGAUAAUACUGGGCUCUAUAGAUCAGGGUAAUUUAUAACUGAUAUGAUAUGACAGGGCUCUACAGAUCAGGGUAAUUUUUAACUGAUAUGAUAAUACUGGGCUCUAUAGAUCCGGGUAAUUUAUAACUGAUAUGAUAAUACUGGGCUCUAUAGAUCAAGGUAAUUUAUAACUGAUAUGAUAAUACUGGGCUGAAGAGUUGCAUGUUCUGUAUUUUAUACUAGGAAGAUGAUCUUCAAAAUAUUGAUCUGAAUUCAAUCUGUAAGAGUCAUUU